CGCCGGGGCCCGACUGCUGGAGCCGCUGUUGCUGAGUCCGGAUCUGCUCGCUGCGCGCUCCGACUCCCGCCCGCCGUGCACCCCGGGGUCUUAGCAGUCAUUCCCAGGCCAAAAUGUCAGGUCUCAAGGAUCAGCUGAUUGUGAAUCUUCUUAAAGAAGAAUAUGUCCCCCAGAACAAGAUUACAGUUGUUGGUGUUGGUGCUGUUGGCAUGGCCUGUGCCAUCAGUAUCUUAAUGAAGGACUUGGCAGAUGAACUUGCUCUUGUUGAUGUUAUGGAAGACAAACUGAAAGGAGAGAUGAUGGAUCUCCAGCAUGGCAGCCUUUUCCUCAAAACGCCAAAAAUUGUCUCUGGCAAAGACUAUGGUGUGACUGCAAACUCCAAGCUGGUUAUUAUCACAGCUGGGGCCCGUCAGCAAGAGGGAGAAAGCCGUCUUAAUUUGGUCCAGCGAAAUGUGAACAUCUUUAAGUUCAUCAUUCCUAAUGUUGUGAAAUACAGCCCCAACUGCAAGUUGCUUGUUGUUUCCAAUCCAGUGGAUAUCCUGACCUAUGUGGCUUGGAAGAUAAGCGGCUUCCCCAAAAAUCGCGUUAUUGGAAGUGGGUGUAAUCUGGAUUCAGCCCGGUUCCGUUACCUGAUGGGAGAACGGCUGGGAGUGUGGAGUGGAGUGAAUGUUGCUGGUGUCUCCUUCAAGAAUCUGAAUCCUGAUUUAGGCACUGAUGCAGAUAAGGAACAGUGGAAAACGGUUCAUAAACAAGUUGUUGACAGUGCCUAUGAGGUGAUCAAACUCAAAGGCUAUACAUCCUGGGCCAUUGGACUGUCUGUGGCAGAUUUAGCAGAAAGCAUUAUGAAGAAUCUUCGGAGAGUGCAUCCAAUUUCCACCAUGAUCAAGGGUCUCUAUGGAAUAAAGGAUGAUGUCUUCCUUAGCGUUCCUUGCAUCCUGGGACAGAAUGGAAUCUCAGAUGUGGUGAAGGUCACUCUGACUUCUGAGGAAGAGGCCCGCUUGAAGAAGAGUGCAGAUACACUUUGGGGAAUCCAAAAGGAGCUGCAAUUUUAAAGUCUUCUAUAUGUACCACUUCACUGUCUAGGCUAUAAGAGUCAGAGGUUAUGCAUGUUGUCCCUUAUAGCUAUAAGGGACUAAAGCAGUAGUAUUAUAAAAUGACCUGGGAAAAGCGUCCAUUUCCUGAAGUUAGAAAUAGGACUGGUUCAGAAAAACCUGCAGCUGUAUUCUGAUGGUGGAUGGUACCUCUGUAGCUGUAAACUGGUUACUGUAAAACAAUCUCACCCUCUCUUGAGACACCACUGCCAGUGAAUGGUGCACAGUCCCUAACUGCCCUUUGAACCAGAUGUGUUACUGUGUGCUCUGUAACUUCACCAAAAUGCCUAGUUCCAACUUCUUUUUCCAAUCACACUUCCUGGGAUCUGUUGUAUAAAUCCAUUUUUGCAUGUCACGUGCAUUACUGUUCUAAGAUAUUUUGUGUACUAUAUAUAAGUAGUGUACAUUGGCAUGUAAUGUAAAAAGCUAUAUAUGAACAAUGCAACACCUAUCCAAAUGUCAGACUAAAACACCAAAUAAACCUUGAACAGUGACUACUUUGUUGAUUUUAA